AUGAGCGGCAUGACGGCUCGGGACGAAGUCGGCGAAGAGAAGCCCAAAGUGAAGAUGUUAUCUCCGGGUUUUGGGAUCGACAAGACCCGGCUGCACGGCUCCGGGUUCCGGUCCAAAGGCUUUGCCAUCACCGACCUGCUGGGCCUGGAGUCGGACCUGCAUGCGCGACAGCAGCCCGGCGGCCCUCCGGGUUCGGGCCUGUCGGCGGCGGGCUCCGGGCCCGGGGCGGAGCCGCAGGGAGGCGGCGGCGGCCUCGGCGGGUUCUCCUUCCCUGGGGGGUCGCUGCCGCUGGGCCUCGGCUUCCUGUGCAGUCUGGCGGCGCAGCAGCCAGCCGGAGCGCCCUGCUUCCUGCCGGGACACCUGCCGCUGCUGCAGGCCCGGACCGACAGCCACUACCUGCAGAACCUGGAGGCCCAGAGAGACGCGUACUCCGAUGAAGAGUGUCUGUCUGACCGCAACGACUCCAAGAGCUCGGCCAGCUCCCAGAAGAGGAAGAAGAGGAGACACCGGACGGUGUUCACCUCCCACCAGCUGGAGGAGCUGGAGAAAGCCUUCCAUGAAGCCCACUACCCCGACGUCUACGCCCGGGAGAUGCUCGCCAUGAAGACGGAGCUGCCAGAGGACAGAAUACAGGUGUGGUUCCAGAACCGGCGGGCAAAGUGGCGAAAGCGUGAGAAGUGUUGGGGUCGCAGCAGCGUCAUGGCGGAGUACGGGCUGUACGGGGCGAUGGUGCGACACUCCAUCCCGCUGCCAGAGUCCAUCCUCAACUCCGCCAAGAACGGCAUGAUGGGAUCCUGCGCCCCCUGGCUGCUCGGUGAGCCGCAUGCACGGAUGCACAAGAAGUCCUUAGAAAUGUCCAAAAAGUGCUCCAGCCCCCAGGAGUCAGACUCGACCCGCUGCGACUCCUUCUUCGACCCGGCGGAGCGACGGCCCGGCGGCGAGGCUCGGGAGGCGGCGCGCGACGUGGAGCACGAGGAGGAGGAGCUGCUGGAGAUGGAGGAGGAGGACAUGGACGAGGAGGUGGCCAUCGACCUGUCCAGCUCCUCCAAACAGCAGCAGCAGGAAGCCGGAAGCUCGAUAAAGUCCGCCUCCUCGCCUCGCCGGCAGAGCGGCGGCGAGUCGGACGAACACAGCUGAAGGUCGGAGGACGAGUCAGACACGUGAGGCAGCAGCGGACAGCAAUCUGAUUGGCUUUUCUUUCAGCCAUCACAUGGACAGCCAAUGAGUG